UGUCCCCACCUGUGUUUGCUUCCAGGGUGCCCCUGCAGCCACCAUGAGGCUCUUCAUCUGUCUUCCUGUCCUGAUCCUGGCCUUGGCCAUGGCUUUGGAAGGCCCAGCCCCCGCCCAGGCGGCCCCUGACUUGUCCAGCACAUUGGAGCGCUUACCAGAUAAACUAAAGGAGUUUGGGAACAUUUUGGAGGACAAGGCCAAGGCAGCCAUUGACCAUAUUAAACAGAAGGAGUUGGUGACCAAGACCCGGACCUGGUUUUCAGAGGCGUUGGACAAGGUGAAGGAGAAAUUUAAAAACACAUUUGCCUGAGUGCUUAGCUGGUCGCCUCAAAGCAAGGACUGAGGUCUACGAGAUGUGCCAGGUCCCUUGUCACCCCACACCAGUAAAAAGCCUAUAGAACAAGGACAUG